CACAUGCAUGUAUUAUAGUAGUGUGUUUGGUACAAAAUAGAUCAACAAGUCGUUUUAUCUUUAUUUAGGUAAAAAACAAAACAAGCGCGAAUCAGAAGCUAAUUUUGGGGCCUGAGGUCGACGACGUUCGCGUCGCGUAACUCUUGAGCAAAGAAAAGGUUCAUGGGAUUGGUCUCCCUUGGAGAGCCACCUAGCGAUUCGUGGAACGGCGUUUGGAUUUGUAUCGGUGCAAAGAAACAAUGUUUCCUGCAAAAGCAAAGUUGCAUAUUUCUUAUUUGUGACUAAAACAAGUUGAGGAUAACAGCAUUGAUGCCUGGCCCCCGGCACCCCGACCCUCAUCCUCAUCAUGUCCACCAGUGUCACCACUCAUUCCUCCUCUGUUCACGUGUCGGUCAUGGGCCCGCUGACCUCCCAGCCCGCCGUGGACAAGAGCGUGUCAUCGGCCCCGUCCCCCACCUCAUCGCCGCUCUCUGUGUCUGGCAUGUCCGGCCUGCUCAACUCCAGAAAUUUGGUACAGGAUGAGAAGCUGGUGGUGGCCACCCUGGCCACUCUCGACUCUGGCAGCCCCAGCCACCUGAUCAAGCAGGACCUGAAGCUCAUCAUCCAGUCCCGCCGCAAGGCCGAGGGGAAGGCCGAGCUGCAGGUGGAGUUUAAGAAACCCGUCAAGGAAGAGUUGACUACAGAGGAGCUGAAAAAACGUGCCCGUCGCCGUGAGCUGAACCGUUUGGCCGCGCGGAGGUCACGAGAGAAAGGCCAAAAACGGAAGGACAAGCUAGUGGAGGAAAUUCGGCACCUGCAGUCGCAGAACUCUGAACUGGUCACUGCCUUAGGUUCGCUGACGGAUCAGCGCAACCGCAUCAUCGAGACCCUCCGUCAACACAUGAAGCAGUGCUCGGACUACCGGGCCACGCAGAACGCGGCGGUGGGCCUGUCGCACCGGGUGCUGGAGAUGCUGGGCUUCCCCACCCCGUCGUCUCUGUCAGCCGCGCCCCUGCUGACCACGCCCCCCGUCCGGGUGAAGGAAGAGGUGCUGUCGUACCCCCCUCCUUCCCCGCUGCUCGUUGGUCUACCUGCCAGCGUCAAGCUGGAGGAUACCUCGCCGUUAAUGAGCCCCUCGCUGUACGGAGGGAGCGCGGCGCCCGCUCACACCGGGAGCUUCACCACCAGUGCCCCCAACAGCCCGCGAGCGACUCCCUCAUCCCUCGACCACCACCAUCACCAUCAUCAUCAUCAUCAUCCGGUGCACCUGCCCCUGGCAGCAAAACUUGCUCUGUCAGCCCGGCGGAGCUCCACUCAGGGUUUAGAGACUUCAUCAGCAUUCACAUCCGCGGAUUCGUCCCCUUUCGUGUCAGCGGUCUCGUCUCCUCUGUUGUCGAUCGACACCAUGUCGCAGAGCUCUGAGUCGUCGGCUCAAGUGUCAGCCGAGUCGUCCCCGAUGCCAGCAGUUCUAGCGGAGGAGGACGUGGGCGUGGUCUACAAGCACAAGCUGAUGAAACACCGGCGAGAGCGGUCGGACUUCACCAAACCUUCCACGCCCGCUACUGCUGUCUCCUCCACGCGCCCCAACAGAGCAUUCCUGGAGCGCAGCUUCUCCUUCCCAUCAUCCUCCAGCGAGACGAGGACAUGCACCAGCGUGACUACACCUGGCCUCGAUGUGACCGAAAUAAUUCCAUCUGACAGCGGUGGCCUCCACGGGGUUUCGAACCCCAGAAUCCUGAGCCACUCACCUGCUGCUGUUCUGGACAGUGGUACAAUUGUUAACGCUUCGGAAGCUCCUUUGGAUUUAAGGAGAAAACGGUCAAAUAUGAGUCACGACAGUGGAAAAAAUCUACGGUCCCUGCCUUCUGACAUGUUUGGCUCCAGUUCCUCGAGUACCCCCCCAGGGCGGUGUCUGGAGCGCCGGUGGUCAGUGGAUGAGCAGCACACUUCAUGCCCCCCCCGACCUGUGAACAUGAGCCACGGCCUGGAGGGGGAGGGGCCCUUGACUCUGUCUCAGAGCAGCACCAGCAGCAGCACCAGCGAGAGCAGCGUGGCCAGCAAGUAUUCCAAACUCACCGUAGACUCGUGCAGCUAGUACAUGUGGAGGGAGUUUUAUCAUCACCUCUUUUUUUUUCGUAGUAGUUUUAGAAUAACAUAGAAUUAGACGGCUUCUAAAGGUUCCACCUUCUGCUACUCACUAGGCAUUGGGCUAUAAGUGGAAGGAACAAAGAUUUAUUAAAGCUGUUCUAUAGGUGGGUUGAGGUCAUUUGUGAAAGGUCCAGUCAGUUGUCCUCCAAUUAAUGCCUUGUACUGAAAAAUAAUUGUUUGGGAUAUUCUUGGAAAUCCCAGCAUUGCUAUUGAUUAGAGAUUAAAUUUUUUAAAUGAUAUAUUGGAUACAGUUGUUUUCUUCUGUGAAUGUUCUUUGACCCUGAGCUGAAUUACUGAACCAACAUUGUAUGAAACCAGUUUGUAAAAAAUCAAUUGUCCCCUUGCAAUUCAGCUAUUAGCUAUUAUUGAGAGAUUUAAGUUUGUUCUAAAGUAUUUUGUCCAAGCUUUUUUGCGCUUUAGAACAGAAUUGUGCAUGCUAGUGUUCCUCUCUUGCUUGAGGACUUGCUGUGUUUUCUUCGCUGUUUUUCCACCCCGUCACUGAUGUGAGCAGUGACAAAAAUGCCCAGCAGGCUCGUCUGUGUGCCCUGCAUCUUGUGCUUCCGAGGGAUCCCCCUCCACACCGCUGGUCUAGUGAAUGAACUAGAAGGCAAAAAAAAUAAAUCAGAAGUCCUGAUCAGCCAUUACACGUGCCACACAUUUUUGAUGGAAUUUCCCACCCCACAGUUCCAUGAAUUUAGCACCAUGUAUGUAAGUUACAAAAAAGCUUUGCGCGGAUGGGUUAGGUGGUUUUUUUUGUUUUGUUUUUGUUUUUGAUUGCUCCCUACUAGUAAGUUUGUAAGUCUGAGAUGAUUAUUUGUUUUUGGUUGUGUGCAUGCAUGGGGCUGGGGCUUUGAGGAAAAGGGGGGGUAUGUGAUUUGUUACGGCCUGUGGCCAGAAAAUUCAGUGGUAAGGGUACCACUUUUCUGUAUACCUCUUUAUGGAAUAUUUAAGGAAUUCUGAAAGUCUCAGUCAGAUGUUCUUUAUUUUUGUCAUCAAUCUUUGUUUGUGUACCAAUUAGCGUCCUCAUUUCUGGACUUGGUAUUGAUGUAACUUUUUAAAAACAAUCUGUUGAGUACCAGUUUUGCUGGCUCCUAUGUUUCUCAGCAACUGAAACGGAGACUUUUAGCCAGACUAAGCGUUAAGACUUGAGUUUUGCUGUUUUGAUAUACUGUACACCCACAAAAAAAAAAAAA